AUGUCAUCUCCGCAGCAGCAUUACUACGGCUCCUUGUCCAGCGGUCGUGCCAUCUCGCCACCUCCCGAGAGCCGUCCACCCCUCGACACCCACCGCGGCAGCACUUCAGGCGAUCAUCAGCUUCAGCAGGAUCUCGAUGCUGCCAGGCAGAUGAGCAAGGCGCGUGGCGCACAGGAUCCUAGUCCGCCCAGGGCCAGCUUCUCAGACGAUCAGGCCGAACCAUACUUCCACGAAGGUCUCAACAGAAGCCCAGCUGCCGUUCCUGUGCGCGCUCCAGCUCCUCCCUCCUCAGCUGCCGCACGCUUUUACCAGCACAAUCGCAACGGCUCCAAUACCAGUCUCGACAGUCAACACCACUUCAUCGACCACCGUCACCAGGCCCACUCGCUCAGCAACGUGCACUCCCCCUCCGCCCUCCGCGGCCGCUCAGCUCUGUCGCGUACACCCAUGCGCAGUCCCAACGUCUACUUCCCUUCGGGCCGAACCAACGAACACGCACUCAUCGACGACCAGGACGAUGACAUCGACGCCGAUGCCUCCCACGCCUCUCGUGGCCUUGAGCAUCUCCGACGCACCAGCCACCAGUCUCAUCUGUCUUCGCCAGGCUACGAUGCACACGACGACGACCCCGCUGCACCACCCCGUCUUCGACGUGAUUCCACCGCCGAGGAUGACGUUUGCUUUCCCAUGCACGACUCCGAGUCUCGUCCUCGAGAAACUCACCCGGAACACUUGCUAGACGAGGUCCGCGAUGUCUACAAUUCUCGCACCGACAACGGUCACGUACCACUCGGCUACCCUUUCACCUUUGAUCUUGGCGCACUCGAAGAAUUUGCCUCGGAGGAACGCGAACGCAUCGGCAUGUCGUCUUCCUGGAACGCUGCUAGUCCACCAGGCCAAUCUGGACUUCGUCAGCGUGGUACUGCGGCUCAAAAGGUUUCGGCACCCGGCUACGGUGUGUCGCCCGACAGCGACGAUGCUACCUUUUACAGCCGCCGUCCACGCAAGCUGAGCAACUCGGCCGGCGCCUUUGGCAGCAGCAAGUAUCAGCGCAAGCUCGCCCUCUUCGAAGGUGGUGGAAGUGCUCCGCCGCCCGUAGCUGGUGCCGCUGCAUCUUCUAGCAUCAUGGGCGGAGGAAUCGCCGCUGCUGACGGCGAAGCAAGGCGAUCCAUGGACGUCAACACUCCGCUGUUGGACAAUGACACGCUUCCUUCCUACCACGGCGCCAACGGGGGGUCCCGUAUGCACAUGUCGCACUCGCAGAGUGGCAUGGGCCCAACAACCCCCGGCGCUGGCGGUAUGGGACGCGCACGAUCUCAAACAGGCGCACUCAGCAGCCGCGGCGAAAAACCGUACCGUUUCACGUUCUACUCGAACGCCCUGCCCUCCACCAUCCACGCGCGUAAUCUCUCUGAACUGCCCGCCGAAGGUCAGAGCUUCGAAGAGCUUUUCAGCGGUCGCGAAAAGAGCGCAGACCAGUCGCCUCCCACAGAGGGCAGUCAGAGUCGCAACGCCAGCCGCGCUCCGACCAUCAACGCAGCCACUGCGCGCAUGUCGUCGCUGGGUCAGACGCUCGGUCGCAUGGAAGGCACCACUGCACCGCCCACCGGAUCCAACACGCCCACCCACGCCGGCGAUGUAAUGAGCGGUCUCAGCGCCAGCCGCACCAAGGCGCUUCCCGGUGGCGGAAUCCGCAUGGAUCCCGAUCCGGAAGCCAACACCUGGUGGCUAGACGUGCUCUCGCCCACUGAUCAGGAGAUGAAACUCCUCAGCCGCGUCUUUGGCAUCCAUCCUCUUACCACCGAAGAUAUUCUCAUGGAAGAGACACGUGAGAAGAUCGAGCUUUUCCGCAACUACUACCUUGUCUGUUUCCGCUCCUUCGACCAGGAUCCGUACAGCCCUACCUACCUCGAACCGCUCAACAUGUACAUCAUCGUCUUCCGUGAAGGCACGCUCUCCUUCCACUUCCGCGGUACGCCGCAUCCGCAAAACGUGCGUCGUCGUAUCAAGCAGCUCAAGGACUACAUCAACGUCACCUCGGACUGGAUUUCGUAUGCGCUCAUCGACGACAUCACCGACGCCUUUGGACCGCUCAUCCAGAGUAUCGAGUACGAGGUAGACUCGAUCGACGAACUCGUGCUCAUCCUCAAGGAGGCCGAACAGUCGGACAUGCUUAGGCGCAUCGGUACGUGUCGUAAGAAGGUCAUGGGUCUGCUUCGACUCAUGGGCAACAAGGCCGAUGUCGUCAAGGGACUCGCCAAGCGAUGCAACGAAAACUGGUCCGUGGCACCCAAGUCCGACAUCGGACUCUACCUCUCGGACAUCCAGGACCAUCUGAUCACCAUGACGCAGAACUUGAACCACUACGAAAAGAUUCUCUCGCGCUCUCACUCGAACUACCUCGCCCAGAUCUCGAUCGAGAUGACCGACGCCAACAACCAGAUCAACGACGUUCUGUCCAAGCUGACUGCGCUGGGUACGGUCAUUGUUCCGAUGAACGUGAUCACGGGUCUUUGGGGUAUGAAUGUCAAUGUGCCGGGACAGGGGGUGGAGAAUCUGAGGUGGUUUGCGGGUAUUUGUUCCGUGAUGGUGGUGAUUGCGGUUUCGGGGUAUAUUGCUGCGACGCGGUAUUUGGAGCGAUCGCAUUGA